CAACAAUUCUGCGGCUUGGCUUUGAUCUUUUUCCCUCCAUCACCACGACAAGAGCCAGACGAUUGAUCCUCCAACUCAUCAAUCUAUCAAUCGCCCAACAUGGCCCCUUCCCAGCUCCCCCCGGUUUUCAACCCUACCGCGCAGGACAUUGAGAUGCUCCUUGCCGCUCAGUGCCACCUUGGUUCCAAGAACCUUCAGGUGCACAUGGAGCCUUACCUCUGGAAGCUCCGCGCCGACGGUGUCAACGUCCUGAACAUUGGCAAGACCUGGGAGAAGAUCGUCCUGGCCGCCCGUAUCAUCGCCGCCAUUGACAACCCCGCCGAUGUCUGUGUCAUCUCCGCUCGUCCCUACGGUCAGCGUGCUGUCCUGAAGUUCGCCUCCCACACCGGUGCCACCGCCAUUGCCGGUCGUUUCACCCCCGGUAACUUCACCAACUACAUCACCCGCUCUUUCAAGGAGCCCCGUCUCAUCAUCGUGACCGACCCUCGCACUGAUGCCCAGGCCAUCAAGGAGGCCUCUUACGUCAACAUCCCCGUCAUUGCCCUUUGCGACACUGACUCCCCCACCGACUUCGUCGAUGUUGCCAUCCCCACCAACAACAAGGGUCGUCACGCCAUCGGUCUCGUCUGGUGGAUGCUCGCCCGUGAGGUCCUCCGUCUCCGCGGUACCCUCGCUACCCGCGAGACCGAGUGGGACACCGUUGUCGAUCUCUACUUCUACCGCGACCCCGAGGCCGAGGAGAACAAGGAGAUCGCUGAUGAGUCCAAGGUCGCCGGUGCUGAGGAGAUCGGCGCUGGUGCCGUCGAGUCCGGCUUCGCUGGUGAGAACUGGGAUGCCUCCGCCCCCGGCGCUGGUAACCCCGGCACUGCCUUCGCUGCUGCCUCCGCUGCCACCGGUGCUGCUGGUGCCACCAGCUGGGAUGCUGAGGGUGCCGACUGGGCUGCCAGCUCCGCUGCUCCCUACCACCGAGUGGGCUGAGGCUCAGCCCGCCGCUGGUGAGGCCAAGUGGUAAAUUGCUUCGCGGUGACGAGGAUAGUCGUUGAGAGGGGGGAAGUUUGAU